AUGUGGCCUCCACCAACAGCAAUGAAUCAUGGGACACCUCCAUUGAAUAAAUUGAUAGCUGUGGCCAUAGACAAAGAUAGAGGAAGCCAAAUUGCUCUAAAAUGGGCUGUUGAUAAUCUUCUAGCCAGGGGACAGACUAUUAUUUUGAUCCAUGUCAAAGUUAAAGCAUCCGGAACGCCUUUUUCUCAAUCAGGGAACAGAAUAAACCAGGAUGGUAGCAAUGAUGGACCAGGAUUGAGUGAAUUGGAUCCACAGUUGAAGGACAUCUUUCUUCCUUUCCGAGUAUUUUGUACACGUAAAGAUAUUCAAUGUCAUGAUGUUGUACUAGAGGAUUCCGAUGUGGUCAAAGCAAUCAUUGAAUAUAUUAAUCGAACAGCUAUAGAGGUACUAGUUCUUGGAGCAGCAGCGAAAGGUGGCCUUCUCAGAUUUAAAAUCAAAGAUAUUCCUGGAAAUGUGUUAAAAGGGGUUCCUGAUUUCUGCACUGUGUAUGCCAUCUCAAAAUCUGGAAAGAUUUCAUCUACACGAUCUGCUGCUCGUCUCGCACCAUUUAUCCACCCACUACGUCACCAGUUCACGCAGAACGCCAAUGCUAAAUCUAAUACAAUUGAAGAUUCUAAUCCUCCUCCCAGAGGCUCUAUAUCUGGGAUUCCAAAGCCUGUAUCUGAUAUACCCACGUCCAACCUUCAUAAUGAUACAUUCAACAUGAAGUCCCCUUUCACUCAUAGGAAAGGCCCAAAUGGCAAACCGUAUGAGAUCUCUCAGCCAGAUACUGACAUAUCCUUUGUCAGUUCUGGUAGGCCAAGUAUUGACAGUAUGUUUCCUUCAUUUGCUGACAACUAUGAUAGUGGAGCAACCCCGCCCCGACUAUCAGGUUUCUCUGAUUAUGAGGGACAAAGUUUUGAACCCAUGCCCAUGGGACGCAGAUCGAUGGACAUCAUGCCAUCAGAGUUGUCAUUUCUCUCAAUGGAGGCUGAUAGAUCAUCAUUCUCCUCGACACCGGAUGACGUAGCAGCAGAAAUGAGAAGGUUGAAGCUGGAGCUAAAGCAAACAAUGGAAAUGUAUAGUACAGCUUGCAAGGAAGCACUCACAGCACAGCAAAAGGCGACAGAACUCCAGCGCUGGAAAGCAGAAGAACAAAGAAGAAUAGAAGAGGCAAGAUUUGCAGAGGAAGCUGCAUUAGCACUUGCAGAGAAGGAAAAGGAAAAAUCUAGAGCAGCCCUUGAGCAUGCGGAGGCAGCUCAGAGGCUUGCAGAACUAGAAUCUCAGAAGAGAAUUAAUGCAGAAAUGAAAGCUCUGAAAGAAGCAGACGAAAGGAAUAAGGUACUAAAUAAAUUUUCAAAUUCAGAUUUCAGGUAUAGAAGGUAUUCGAUAGAGGAGAUUGAAUCUGCAACGAACUACUUUGCUCAAUCUAAUAAAAUUGGAGAAGGAGGUUAUGGACCAGUGUACAAAUGUUACAUGGAUCACACACAUGUUGCAGUUAAGGUCCUUCGUCCUGAUGCAGCUCAUGGAAGACAACAGUUCCAACAAGAGGUUGAAGUAUUGAGCUGCAUACGACAUCCUAAUAUGGUGCUUCUACUAGGAGCAUGUCCCGAGUAUGGAUGCUUAAUAUAUGAGUUUAUGUCCAAUGGAAGCUUAGAAGACCGUCUAUUCCAGAGAGGAAAUUCACCACCACUCUCUUGGCAGCAUAGAUUUAGAAUUGCUGCUGAAAUAGGUGCUGGUCUACUUUUCUUACACCAGAGCAAGCCAGAACCAAUAGUGCACCGUGAUCUAAAACCAGCAAAUAUUCUAUUAGAUCGAAACUUAGUGAGUAAGAUUAGUGAUGUUGGUUUGGCUCGUCUUGUCCCUCCAUCAGUGGCAGAUACUGUAACUCAGUAUCGAAUGACAUCAACUGCUGGAACUUUCUGCUAUAUAGACCCCGAAUAUCAGCAAACGGGGAUGCUUGGUAUAAAAUCUGAUGUGUACUCUUUAGGUAUCAUAUUCUUGCAGAUACUAACAGCCAAAUCACCUAUGGGUUUAGCUCACCAUGUUGAGAGGGCAAUUGAUAAAGGAACAUUCAACGAUAUGCUUGAUUCAUCCGUUCCUGAUUGGCCCCGUGAUGAUGCUUUGAGCCUUGCUAAGUUAUCGCUGAAAUGUUCUGAGCUAAGAAGGAAAGAUAGACCGGAUCUAAGCAAGGUUAUUAUGCCGGAAUUAGAGAGAUUGAGAACACUUGGUGAAGAAACUCCAUGCCAAUCAGGCUACUAUAGUUCAAGCCACUCAACAAUUCAGAGUCAAGCUUCCGUCUCUCAAACAAGUCAACACGAAUAG